AUGCACUUCAAGUCUGUCGUCGUCUCCGGUCUCGUGGCCGCUGCUGCCCGGCAAGCCGGCGCCUCCCCUUGCCCCAAGCCGCCGCCGACCUACAAGCCCAUCACCAGUAUCCAAUUGGGCCCGAGACCCUACUGGCUGGUCAACGACAUGGACGAGGGCCCUCUCAAGGAAAAGCUGCAGUCGUGCUCCGAGCAGCCCAUCAAGCCCUCCGAUUGGAGCAUUGGACACCGCGGCGGCGGUACGAUGUUGAUCCCCGAGGAGUCGAUCGAGUCCAACCUUGCUGGGGCCCGUAUGGGUGCUGGCGUCCUCGAAUGCGACGUCGCCUUCACCAAGGAUCGCGAGCUCGUCUGCCGCCACUCGCAGUGCGACUUGCACACGACGACCAACAUCGUCGCCAUCCCCGAGCUCAACGCCAAGUGCACCACCCCCUUCACCCCGGCCGGCAACGGGACUGCGGCCACCGCCAAGUGCUGCACGUCGGACAUCACCGUCGCCGAGUUCAAGACGCUCUGCAGCAAGAUGGACGGCUUCAACGCCUCGGCCACCAACCCCAAGGACUUCCUUCUCGGAACCCCUCGAUACCGUACCGACCUGUAUGCCACCUGCGGCACCGUCAUGACCCACAAGGAGCAUAUCGCCAUGACCAACGAUUUGGGCCUUAAGUUCAGCCCCGAGCUCAAGCUGCCCGAGGUUGAGAUGCCAUUCGAGGGAGACUACACCCAGGAGCAGUACGCCCAGCAGCUCAUCGACGAGUACAAGGAGGCCGGCGUCGCGCCCGAGCGCGUCUGGCCCCAGUCCUUCCACUACCCCGACGUCCUCUACUGGCUCAAGGCCGAGCCCACGUUCGGCAAGCAGGCCGUCCUCCUCGACGAGAACGGAGAUACGCCCGAGACCUUCCCCUUGGCCGUCGGCAACCUGACCGAGUACGCCGCUGCCGGCGUCAAGAUCAUGGCGCCCCCCCUGUACUAUCUCGUUAGCGUCGAGGACGGCAAGAUCGUGCCCAGCAGUUACGCCAUCAAGGCCAAGGAGCUGGGCCUUAACAUCAUCUCGUGGUCCCUCGAGCGUUCGGGUUUCUUGGGCGAUGGCACCAAGGGCGGAUACUACUUCACCUCGGUCGCCAACGUCACCAACAACGACGGCGAUGUCUACAACCUGCUGAACGUCCUGGCCCAGGAUGUUGGUGUCUUGGGAGUCUUCUCCGACUGGAGUGCUACCGUCACCUACUACGCCAACUGCUUUGGUCUGUUCUAG